AGAAGAACAAAUUAUGAAAUUCAGUCCAAAAUCAAGAAUAAGGCUAUAAAUGAAGAUUACAGUUAUAAGCCGACUAACGAGUGAAUUUCUCUCUUUCUCAAUGCAAAGAGAAACGUGACCCCAAAAACUUUCAUUUUGUCAGAACUACUGGAGUACUGGUACAGAAGAAGGGAGAGAUUCAAGGAGAACCAGGUGUGAAGAGGAACAUGAAUUAGCCGUCCAAUCGAUCCUAAAAACUCUGGUUUUUUCAGAGCCACCGACUAGAAGCUCCCCUAAAAUGUCGCUAAAAAGUCCCCAUCUUUUCCACAGUUUUGAACCCAAAAGGGACACAUAUGGAUUUACUGUGAGGCCUCAUCACCUUCAAAGAUACCGAGAGUAUGCUAAUAUCUAUAAGGAAGAGGAAGCAGAAAGAUCACAUAAGUGGAAUACUUUUCUUAACAGCCAAGAAGUUUCUGUUCAGCAGCAAUAUCCUAGUCAAGAGGUCUACACAACUGAUAAUUCUGAAACAAGAAAUCAUACAAGUAUUGGCGAUGAUUCACAUAGAGAGAAACCACUUUCUGACAUUCAUACAACAAAUCUUCUUGAGAAAGAGGUGGAAACUUUCAUACAACCAAAAAACCGUGAGGUGAAGACAUGGACUAACAUUAGAUCAUCUCUAUUUGCUAUUGAAACUAUGAUGGCAUUUCGUGUGAAGAACAAAAGUAAUAUGAAAGGUGAGCAGUUAUCGUCUUCUCAUGAUAACCUUCCGCCAAUUGGAGUUUCAAAUCCUUCGAGGGAAGAAACCGAAGACAAGGAUGAUGAGAGCAGCAAUGUGAUAUUGAAUGACAGUUCCAAAGCAUUUGCUGAAGGACGUAGUGCAAGAGAUGGAGUUUCUGCAGAACCUUCUGUUCCUUGGAAGGAUGAACUUGAGCUACUUGUUCAUGGAGGAGUACCAAGAUAUCUUCGCGGAGAGGUUUGGCAAGCCUUCAUUGGUGUCAAAGCGCGUCGGGCGGAGAGAUAUUACCAGGUUUUGAGCUUCUCCGAAAGUGAUAUUGGUCCUCACCCAAAGAAUGGCACACCAUCAGAAGACAACAGUAGCACGGGAUGCAACAGUGGACCAGCUGAUGUGUCAGAUAAAUGGAGGAAGCAGAUUGAGAAGGUCAUUAGAUGCAUGGGCCCUGGAAUUUAUCAUUCAAUCUUUUAAAUUCAUAGGAUCUUCCCCGGACUUUUCCUGGACAUCCUGCACUGGAUGAGAAUGGUCGUAAUUCCUUAAGGCGCUUACUUCUUGCAUAUGCCCGACAUAACCCAUCAGUUGGGUAUUGCCAGGCAAUGAAUUAUUUCGCCGGUUUAUUGCUACUCAUGAUGCCAGAGGAAAAUGCCUUUUGAUAAGCAUUCAGUGAAGCUUGCCCAAGGGCCUUGGUGGGUAUUAUGGAUGACUAUUUUGAUGGAUGUUUCUCACAAGAAAUGAUAGAAUCUCAGGUUGACCAGCUUGUUUAUGAAGAGUUGAUGCGUCAAAGGUUCCCUAAACUGGCGAAUCAUCUAGAUUACUUGGGAGUGCAGGUUACAUGGAUAUCUGCCCCUUGGUUCCUUUCGAUUUUUGUAAAUAUUCUUCCGUGGGAAAGUGUUCUACGAAUUUGGGAUGUACUUCUGUUUGAAGGAAGUCGUGUCAUGCUAUUUCGAACUGCUCUUGCUUUGAUGGAAUUAUAUGGUCCUGCUAUAGUGACAACUAAUGAUGCUGGAGAUGCCAUAACUUUAUUACAAUCCCUUGCUGGUUCAACUUUUGAUAGCAGUCAACUUGUGUUGACUGCAUGCAUGGGUUUCUUGAAUGUAACUGAAGACAGGUUGCAGGAACUUGGAGAAAAGCAUAGACCGUCUGUUAUUUCAACACUAGAGGAAAGAUCAAAAUGUUGUGGAGCGUUAAAAGAUUCAAAAAGUCUUGCAACUAAGCUGUAUAGUUUCAAGCAUGAUCCUCAAUUGAGAAUGAAACAAGCAAAAUUGAAGGAAGAUCCAGGUGAUAGGAUUGUAGACAGUGAUUAUUCACAUUCCAGGGCUAGCUCCACUAAUCUGGAAGAUUUUCUGAAUAGCAUGACCUCAGAUUCAGAAGCAGAUUCUAUUCCAGAUCUUCAAGAACAGAUAUUAUGGUUGAAGGUUGAGUUAUGUAAUCUACUGGAAGAGAAGAGAGCAGCAGUACUCAGAGCUGAAGAAUUGGAAACUGCACUCAUGGAAAUGGUCAAGGAAGAUAAUCGACGAGAACUUAGUGCACGGCUGGAACAACAGUUGACUGAACUUCACCAAACACUUGCAGAUAAGAAAGAACAGGAGACCGCAAUGGUUCAGGUUCUUAUGCGGGUUGAGCAAGAGCAAAAGAUCACUGAAGAGGCUAGGAUUGCUGCAGAGCAAGACGCAGCUGCUCAAAAAUAUGCAGCAUACGUUCUUCAGGAGAAGUAUGAAAAAGCCAUGACAUCCCUUGCUCAGAUGGAGAAGAGAGCAGUAAUGGCAGAAUCGAUGCUGGAAGCAACUGUGCAAUAUGAAACUGGUCAAGUCAAAGCUUUAGCUUCGCCACAGUCGAGAGCUGAAUCUCCAAGGAAUGCACCCACAAGAAAGAUUGGUUUACUGUCCUUCGGCCUUGGUUGGCGAGAUAGAAACAGGGGAAAGCAAGACAGUGAUCUUCCAUCGCCACGAAUUGGAAGGAAACCUUCUGCAGCUGCUGCUCACGGACAUAACAUAAGCAGUUCUCAAUUUCAAACUAAUGGAUUGAAUCAAGAUGAUGAUGAAGAUGGUGGAAAAACUACCGAAGAUUGACAAGUGCAUCCAUCUUCUUGGAUCCCCUCUAACUUAUCCAUUUUUUGUUUGUACAGUAGAUUGCUACUACAAAAUGUAAAUUAGAAAAAUAUUGUAUGUUUUUGACCUAUAAUGCACGGUAUGCCGAAACAACUUGGCUGUAAACUCAUCAUGUUAAAUAUCAUUUUGUGAAUGAAAAUUUCAAAUUUCAAUAAUAUCAUAUAGAUGUACAACUUAA